AUGGCUCCUACGUUGUCUAAAAUACAAAAGAUUGUGAUAGGAGUAGCAAUAUCAAGUACCGUCGUGGAUACACGAAAAAGGAGGAAAAAGAGAAGCUUAUGGGCUGAAGAAAUUUACAAACAGAGAAAAAGGUUUACACCUCUAACAAUGAUUAAGGUUUUAAGGUCUAAACAUUUUCGGACGUAUUUAAGGAUGAACGAAGAGUGUUUUUCUCAAUUACUGAGUAUGGUACGCCCAUUUAUCCAAAAGCAAAAUACUAUUCUGCGAGAAGCAGUAAGUGCUGAAGAAAGAUUAAUAGCGACUUUUAGAUUCCUUUCUUCUGGUUGUAGCUAUACUGACUUGAUGUUCAAUACAGCUAUAUCUCCUCAGUUACUCUCACAAAUAAUACCAGAAACCUGUAUAGCAAUAUAUAAAUGCUUAAAGGACUACAUAAAGAUGCCAUCGACGACAGAGGAAUGGAUAGAAGUGAGCUCGGAUUUUGAAAGCAAAUGGAAUUUCAAUCAUUGCGUAGGCGCAAUCGACGGAAAACAUAUUGCAAUUAAAAAGCCGCCAGACAGUGGAUCACUUUUUUAUAAUUAUAAGAAAUUUUUUAGUGUUAUUCUGUUAGCAGUAGUAAACGCUAAUUAUGAAUUUAUAUACAUUCACGUGGGUACAAACGGAUGUGUUUCAGAUAGUUCCGUGCUGCAAAAGACUAAAUUCUAUGAGAAGUUGAUGGAAGAUGGGUUAAAUUUACCAAGUCCGUCAACGUUAACAAAUUCAAAAAUCACUGCACCUUACGUUUUUGUAGGAGACAGUGCAUUCGCGCUUGAUAAAAACAUUAUGAAACCAUUUCCUCUAAAGAACAUAGCUCACGAUAAGCGAAUAUUUAAUUACAGGCUCUCAAGAGCUAGAAGGGUGGUGGAAAAUGCAUUCGGAAUUCUAUCCUCUAGAUUUAGAAUAUUUCGUCGUGCUAUUUCCAUAGAUAUAGAUAACGUGAACACAAUUGUCUUAGUUAGUUGUGCAUUACAUAAUUAUUUAUCAAGAAAUAAUUAA